AUGUUGCCAGCGUUAUCGAGCAACAACAGCGCACAUCAACUACAUUUGGAUAACAAUAAUAGCGCAUCACAGCAGCAGCAACAACAAGCAUUGGCACACUCUCAACAACAGCAGCAACAGCAACGCUCCAACAAACGCAGCACCAGCAUGAUAUUCCGCAUCGAACACUUGCUGCCAAGCACCAGCCGCGGCCCCCCGUGCAUUGCACCCACAACAACAACAAGCGCGAGUUUAAUAUGUGACAGACACUCACCAACAUACACAAUAACCGGUGGCGCCACAAGCAGCAGCACCUCAUCCGCGACUACGGUCAAGCGUGCCAAGCAACGCGCCACCUGUAACGGUGUACUCCUAUCUCAAUUCACACCAAAGGAUACACUCUCCGAGCCCAUACCAACAUAUGCGCUGAUGAGCGCUGGCAACAUAGCGACCAGUGAGCAAACCGUUACGGCGUGUUGCACGCUCUCACAAGGCGUGUUGCGCAUGAGUCCGGAACUCUUGCGACGCAUUAAACUCUCGGAGGAUAUACACAGUUAUAAUGCGCUAUUCGAAUUGCAAGCGGGCGGUAUGGUGCAUGUGCGCACUGUGCGCGAUGUGGCGCGUGAUGAGGAGCUCGUCGCGUGGUUUGGCGAAGAGAUAGCGCUGCUGAUGUCCAUACCAUUUCUGACGCCGCUAAAUAUACAAGGCAAUAAACGCUACACUUGUCACCUCUGUCAACUCACCUUCGAAACACCCAAUCCACUGAAGAUACAUUUGGCGCUCGGCUGUGGACGCCACUCCAUGGACAUACUUUGGAUACGCCUACACUAUGCGCUGAAGGCAACCAGCUAUACACAGCAACAGCACUCACCGACUGCCGCGCCGUCGAGCACUUCAUCAAUUUCACCGGCGUCAUCGCCACAACCCCCACAACAGCCGCCACAAGUACAACGCUUUUCUGCCUUUAAACCCGUCUCGCCAUCCAUCGCAUUCACCGCCGCCGUGUCGACGAGCUCCUUCAGCCACCCACACGCACACACCAGCACUGCGGUGACUCCCAGCACGGCGCUCUCGUACCUGCCACCGAUCACCUCAGUUGGUGGCACUUUGUCACACAUGCGUCUCCUACAGCCGAGCGGUAGUGUGGGCAUUGGUCCCACAAAUCCCUUAAAUGCGGCCGCACAAAUCGAAGCGAUCGUUAGCAAUAUGGGCGCCUCGAAGCAGGGUCAUCUCUGCAUCUACUGUGGCAAGGUGUAUUCUCGGAAAUACGGUCUGAAAAUUCAUAUACGCACCCACACAGGCUUCAAGCCAUUGAAGUGUAAGUUCUGUCUACGUCCUUUCGGUGAUCCGAGUAACUUGAAUAAGCAUGUGCGCUUACAUCUGCAAUCGAACGUACCCAAUACGCCGGUUGAGGGUUACAAAUGUACACUGUGCAACAAGACAUUGGCGAGAAGACGGGAUCUACAGCGUCAUAUUGAGUCGCGGCACUCUGGUGAUGUGGGUAGCACCUGAUAUAGGAAUUUAAUGCGCUGGCAUA